CAUAUCCGCAACUCCAGAAGAUUAGGUUGAACCUCAGAUAUAUCAGCUAGCGAAACGAGAAGAACAGGAUUAGAUAUGCAGAAACGGCUAGAUGGACCAAAGCCCAACUAUCUCACCAUCAUUCGAGGGCAUAAUGCCAUUAUCGGGUGCAAUAAAUGGCCAUGAUAUUUCUUCGCAGCCAGUGUCAACCAUAAAUGGAACUAUGGUGGCCUUCGCAUGUGCUGCUACUAUCAUCAUUGGGGUGUACGGCAUACAAACUUGCCCCUUGGCCGAUCUGGUAAAGAAAGUUACAAGAAGAGCUCACAGAGAAAAUUUAUUUGAUAAGGUUAUAAACGUGAAGGUGACAAAGAAGCCAGACCUGACAAGGAUCCAAGCAGAACUAGCCACUGCAUUGGGCUUCACAAUGAAAGAGAAAUCUGAAGCAAAAAGAGCUGCAAUCUUGCUAGAUAGAAUCAAAAUGGAGAAGAAACUUCUGAUAAUACUAGAAGAUGUCCACAAAGGACUUGAUUUGCACAAAUUGGGAAUACCUCAUGGGGAUGAUCUUCUCAAAGAUUGCAAGAUAUUGUUGACUUCUUCAAGUGGAGACAUAUUAUCCAACCAGAUGCAAGCUCAUCGGGUUUUCCAGAUUGAUUGAUCUGUCUAGUAAUAAUUUGAAUGUGUGUUAUUGGUCCAUCUUCUGCAUGUUUUCUCAUGUUUAAUUAUGCUUGUUUAAUUCUUGUAGAACUGUAAUUAGCCUUCCUUGCCACUAUAAGGCAAAAGUUUGUUCAUUUGGUUUAUCUUCUAGUUCCUUUUUGGUUUUAUGUAUUGCGUAAUUUAUAGAUUUUCUGAUGAAAUAUAUUACUAUAAUUUGAGCUCUGCUUUA